AUGAAAACAUCCUCUCGGAAGCCAUCCAAACAGUGCCCCUCAGACCCCUCCUCCCGUUACCCGUCAAUCCCCUUACUAACCUCCAGCAACGCCUCUAAGACUUCCAUCGACCCCCCCGCCGUCGCCGCCCAUUGUCCCAACGCCUCAAACGUUCCAAUCGCGUCCUCGACCAAUCCUCUGCACUCAUGUCUAACAUGCUCCCCUUCGCUCGCACAGAACGGCGACACCAGCGGCACCAGCGCCGCCUCGUACAGCUGCCACGUCGUACACCACCCCGCCAGCUGUGUUGGCGCCGGUACAUUCCAGGAGGAUGCUAGAUCACAUGUGUGGGCGUGUGCCCGCGGAUGGCGUGGCACAGGAGUACCGGUCAGUAAAAGAGCAUGUGUGUGGAAAAGACAGUGCCAGCGCAUAAGGUUGAGGCAAAGAAUAAGACCGGGGGGUUCGGAGGAUGGUGGGGUGAAGCUGGAGAGGGAGGUGCUCCAUGAUGUGAGGGUGGUGUCGAGGGCGAGGCGGCGAGGCGGCGAGCAGAAGAGUCGUGACGAGUUCGUCUUCGAGGCGACUGCUGGUGAUGCAGAAUGCGAUGUUGUGGGCUACAAUGGCGGUUAUGGUGUGGUCGCCGGUCUGUGGAGACUGAAGUGA